AUCAUCAGAUAAAGUUAAGAAUAAAUAUUAAAUGUCUGUAUGCUCUAGUAAACAGAAUUUAUAAGGUCAACAAGAUAACAACUAAUGAAAACCAAUUUAAUGUUAUUAUGAAAUCAACAGCUUCACAAUGAACAUUUUCAAGAAUUGCAUCCUUUGGCAAAUACCUACCAAGAUUUUAAAAAAAACGCUUGCAAAUCCACGAACAUUUUCCAGUAAAAUUUCAUUUAACUGGGAGGAUCCAUUAAAUUUGGAUUCUCAAUUAACUCAAGAUGAAAGAAUUUUACGAGAUAGUUUUAAACAGUACUGUGAUGAAAAGCUUCUUCCAAGGAUUAUUAAAGCAAACAAGGAAGAAGUAUUUGACAGAAAAAUUUUAAAUGAACUGGGAGAACUUGGAGCUCUGGGUUGUACAAUAAAUGGCUAUGGAUGUGCAGGAGUAUCCAAUGUGGCAUACGGUUUAUUGGCAAGAGAAAUAGAAAGAGUAGAUAGUGCUUACAGAUCUGCUUUAAGUGUUCAGUCGUCGCUAGUUAUGGGAGCUAUUGCUAUGUAUGGAUCUGAAUAUCAGAAAGAAAAAUAUUUACCCCAAUUAGCUAAAGGCAAUAUAGUAGGUUGUUUUUGUCUGACUGAGCCAAAUCAUGGAAGUGAUCCUGGAUCUAUGGAUACCAAAGCAGUAUAUGAUUCAACAUCUAAAACUUAUACACUGAAUGGAAAUAAAACAUGGAUUACGAAUUCCCCUAUAUCUGAUGUAUUAAUAAUUUGGGCUGUAUGUCCAGACAAUAAAGUUCGAGGUUUUAUAAUAGAUCGUAAAAAUAUCAAAUCAGGAAGCAUUAGUACUCCCAAAAUAGAAGGCAAGUUGUCUUUAAGAGCUUCAGUUACAGGAAUGGUUCACUUAGAUAAUGUAAAAAUACCAGAAGAAAAUUUAUUGCCAAAGGUAGAAGGCCUUAAGGGCCCUUUUGGUUGUCUAAAUAAUGCCAGAUAUGGUAUUGCUUGGGGAGCUCUAGGGGCUGCAGAAUCGUGUUUCCAAAUCGCUAGAGAGUAUGUCAUACAAAGAAAACAGUUUCAGAAACCAUUAGCUGCAAAUCAAUUAAUACAAAAGAAAUUAGCUGAUAUGUUAACAGACAUUAGUCUUGGUUUACAAGGAUGCUUACAAGUGGGCAGGUUAAAGGAUAAGAAUAUACAUACACCAGAAAUGAUUUCUUUAUUAAAAAGAAAUAAUGCAGGAAAGGCAUUAGAAAUUGCAAGGAAUGCAAGAGAUAUGCUAGGAGGAAAUGGAAUUCAUGAAGACUAUCAUGUCAUAAGGCAUUUAGUUAAUUUGGAAACAGUUAACACUUACGAAGGAACUCAUGAUAUACAUGCCUUAAUAUUAGGAAGGGCCAUAACAGGAAUAUCAGCUUUUUAAGCUACAGAGGUACUAUUGCAUUCUUCAAUUUUUCAAAUAAACUUGCCAUAAAACUUGAA